GCCAGAAGAAAAUUCAAGAACUACAAUCCCCAGAGGCCUCUGCGUGGUGACUCCGUAAUUCUAUUUAGUUAGGUAUGGAGCGGUAGACAGAGACCGGGGACAGAGAGCGGAGAGAUGAGUGAGGGAACGUGUCUACGCAGAAGGGGGGGCCCUUACAAGACCGCCCCAGCCACAGAUCUCACACGUUGGCGCCUCACUUGCACAGAGGGCAGGCAAACCUGGCGCUAUGUGGAGGGAGAAGAUCGUCCACAGACUGCCCUGGAGGCACACUCUCUGGCAUUGGAUACGAAUGAUUAUUUUAAGGACUUACCAAAGGCGUUUACUGCCCAAGAUGGAGCCGAAAAUGGACUAACAUUUUACUCUGCUUUACAAGCCGAGGAUGGCCACUGGGCUGGGGAUUAUGGCGGGCCACUCUUCUUAAUGCCAGGUCUUCUGAUUGCAUGCCACGUGACUCAGACCCCCCUCCCUGACGCUACCAAGCAGGAGAUGAUCCGGUACUUGCGAUCCGUACAGCUUCCUGAUGGCGGAUGGGGCCUGCACAUUGAAGAUAAGAGUACUGUGUUUGGCACGGCUCUCAGUUACACUUCUCUGCGCCUUCUUGGAGUGUCACAGGAUGACACCGAUAUAACCCGGGCUCGCAACAAUCUUCACAGUAAAGGAGGUGCCAUUGGUAUUCCUUCUUGGGGAAAAUUUUGGUUAGCUGUGCUCAAUGUGUACAGUUGGGAGGGAAUGAACACGCUAUUCCCAGAGAUGUGGCUCUUACCCCAGUGGUUUCCCGCUCACCCUAGCACCCUUUGGUGUCACUGCCGACAGGUUUACUUGCCCAUGAGCUACUGUUACGCUACACGCUUGAGUGCCCAUGAGGAUGACUUAAUCCGCAGCUUGAGACAAGAGCUGUACGUGCAGGAAUAUAGCAGUAUCAAUUGGCCUGCGCAGAAGAACAAUGUUGCCGCCUGUGAUCUUUACACACCGCACAGUACACUACUUAACUUCGCUUAUGUCCUUUUGAAUCUAUACGAGACGUACCACAUUUCUUCUCUCCGGAGAUAUGCAGUACAUGAAUUGUAUGACCACAUAACAGCAGAUGACCGGUUUACAAAGUGUAUCAGCAUUGGUCCGAUCUCUAAGGUGAUUAAUAUGGUGGUCCGCUGGCAUGUAGAUGGACCAGAAUCUCCAUCAUUCCGGGAACAUGUAGAUCGCAUCCCUGAUUACCUUUGGCUGGGCUUGGAUGGGAUGAAAAUGCAGGGCACAAAUGGAUCUCAGCUCUGGGACACAGCGUUUGCUAUACAGGCAUUCAUGGAGGCUGGAGCCCACAAGAAAAAACAGUUUCAGAAAUGUUUGGAGAAAGCGCAUGAAUUUCUCCGUAUUACACAGGUACCAGAUAACCCACCAGAGUACAAGAAGUACUACAGACAAAUGAACAAGGGAGGGUUUCCUUUCAGCACCCGUGACUGCGGUUGGAUUGUGGCAGACUGUACAGCUGAGGGGCUUAAAUCUGCAAUGUUGCUUCAAGAAAACUGCACUUUCUUAUCUGAACAUAUUCCAAAGAACAGACUACGGGAUGCUGUAGACGUGCUACUCAGUAUGAGGAAUUCUGAUGGGGGAUUUGCUACCUAUGAAACCAAACGUGGUGGCCGCUUGCUGGAACUGCUUAAUCCCUCUGAAGUGUUUGGGGACAUCAUGAUUGACUACACAUACGUGGAGUGUACUUCUGCCGUAAUGCAAGCUUUGAAACAUUACCAAGCAUGGGACCCAGACUACAAAGCAGAUGAAAUCAGGGAAACCCUCGAGGAAGGCCUGGAUUACUGUCGCAGAAUUCAGAGAAAAGAUGGGUCCUGGGAGGGGUCCUGGGGUGUAUGCUUUACAUACGGCAUAUGGUUUGGACUGGAAGCCUUUGCUUGCAUGGGAUAUAACUACUCAGAUGGUUGUCCAGAGGUCACCCGGGCCUGUGAUUUUCUUCUCUCUCACCAAAUGGAAGAUGGAGGUUGGGGAGAAGAUUUUGAAUCAUGUGAAGUGCGAAGAUACGUUCAGAGUGCCAACUCUCAAAUACACAACACAUGCUGGGCAUUGCUGGGUCUAAUGGCGGCCAGGUAUCCCAAUGUUACGGUUUUGGAGAGAGGAGUCAAACUGCUACUAGAGAAGCAACAUAGCAAUGGAGACUGGCCUCAGGAGAAUAUAUCAGGUGUCUUUAACAAGAGCUGUGCCAUCAGCUACACUGCAUAUCGAAAUGUAUUUCCAAUAUGGACACUUGGACGUUUUUCCCGUCUUUACCCAGAGAAUCCUUUAACUGGAGUUCACAAGAGCAGGCAUGGCUGAGGCAGAUAACAGAUCCGGACAGCCACCGUAUACAGAAAUCUCAUAUCUGCUACCCUGUGCAUUUUAUUUUAUUAAUUAACAUUUUAAUUUAGCAUUUUUGCCUUUUUCUUUUCUCUGAUCUUAAUUCACUGCAGUGUUUAAUAUUUUUAAAAUAUCUGUGCUAUUUUACUUUUGGACAUUUCUAGUAAUAGUAAUUUAUAUUAAAAGGGAUCACCUUUCCACAGGGCAGGUGAUAAAUGUAGGAAAACAAGCGGUCGUGCGUAUGUCAGUCCACUGCGUCAUGAAAUUCUGUGGCACUGACAAAGUGAUGUCUGCGUCAGUCCCAUAGAAGUGGAUUGAGCAGUGGACUGACAUGCACACUACCACUCCAUUUAAGUAGGGAACUCAGGAUCCCUGGGGGUCCCAGUGGUUGGAACACCAGUAAUCAUACAUUUAUCAUCUAAUUUGUGCAUAGGUGAUAAAUUCUGUAAAUCCUAUAAAUUCUGACUCCUUGAAUCUGUUUCAUGUAAACCAUAGGGGAGAUUUAUCAAAACUGGUGUAAAGUAAAACUGGCUCAGUUGCCCAUAGCAACCAAUCAAAGUCCAACUUUCAUUUUUCAGAGCUCCUUUGGAAAAUGAAAGGUGGAAUCUGAUUGGUUGCUAUGGGCAACUGAGCCAGUUUUCCUUUACACCAAUUUUGAUAAAUCUCCCCCCAUGACUUGAGAACUGACCAAUAGAGAUGAUAUAUUGUAAUUGUUUUAAACCAGAAACAGUGUAUGAUACAUAUGAAUGUGAUGACUUUACAUCACCUCUCUCGUCAUGUUUUAUACUGAUUACAUGU